AUGGCCGAAAACGCAGACCUUCGACGAGAUCUCCACCGUGCACAGAGGACCAGCCUCCGGCUUCUUGACGCGCAAAAGGAAUCGACUGAGCGCAUCCGCGAACUCCAAGACAACAACUACGGCCUGGAGGAAGAAGUCGCAAAUAUGCGUGCCCAACUUGCGUUUGUCACUGGCACCAUCAUUAACAAAAUCCAAGACAAGGUCGACGCUGCGACAUUUGCAGGCUCCACCGUACGCGCUCUUAGACAACAAAUCACUGAUCAAACCGAAACCAUCGAGAAUUUGAAGAUCCAAAAGAGAAAGGCAGUCACAGAGCUCGCUCAACUUCAACUCCAGAGAAAGAAGAAGAAAACGUCCUCCUCCAACAAAGCAAAAUCAGAGAAGGGGAAGUCUGGGAACCAUAGCGCACCUUCCGAUGCCAAUACAGCGUUUAGCCCCUCUCUGAUCACUGCCCCUGGUCAGGCCCAAUCUCUUAUACCCUCGGCCCAAGAUUUGGCUGAGAAAUAUUUGGUUGAAGAUGUUAUACGCGAUCGCGUGAUUCGUGAUGUGCAUCUCACUUCAGGAGUCGAAGCCCAAUUGCAAAAAGCUCUACUGAAAACCAGUGCGGGGAGAAACUUGCGUGGCUUCAUUGAUCGAGGCAAGACUGGUUUAUACUAUUGCUUUCACGAGGUUUGCGAGAAGGGGCCUGAUGCUUCUGUUGAGCUGCACUUGGCCGACUCUAGAUGUCAGCUCGGAGGUGACAAAUGCAGCUUCCUGAUGAAGGUGGUGGGGAUCGGUUCUCACAGAAAGGUUCAGAUCUACAAUGCUGCCGUGGGUACUGCGGCUUGA